CCAUGUGUCAUUUGGACACAUUGACUUCCACAACACAAGCUAUGCAUCCACAUUUCCUUGAAUUGUUCAAAACAAUGCGUCAUUCUCAACACUAUUUGCCGAUUCCACAAGAGAUAUUUGGCUUGAUUUGCAAGAGCGCUUCCAAAAACAAAAUCGUCCUCGGCUAGUCCAGCUUCGACGUGAUAUUUCUAAUUUGACACAAGAUCAACUUUCUGUAAGUGCAUAUUUCACGAAAUUGAAAACUUUAUGGGCUGAACUCUCUGCUUAUCGCCCUAAUUGUUCUUGUGGACGAUGUACUUAUGGAGCUAUCAAAUCUCUCAUCGAAUAUUCCAGACGGACUACGUUAUGUGCUUCCUUAUUGGUCUUAAUGAUUGAUUCAGCCAAAUUCCUGCUCAGAUGUUGUUGAUGAAGCCACCUCCGACGAUCAAUCGGGCUUUCACUCUAGUUUCACAAGAAGUUCAACAGCGUGCUAUCUCAUCAAUUUCUUCUCCCUUUGUGCCUUCGUCUGUACCGUCAGCUGCUUUUUUGGUUUGAGGAUCUUCACAGAGUUCUAAUUCCUCAAAUUCUAAUCAGAAUCGCUCAUCUUCUUCGAAUCAGGGCAAACAAAAGGAUAAAUCUGUUUGUACUCAUUGUGGUCUCUCAGGACACACCAGUGGACCGCUGUUACAAGCUCCAUGAUUAUCCCCCUGGUUAUCGCACCUCUGGUAAUCGAACUAAUCAUCCACAGAAGACUUCUGUUAAGGCUACUGAGCCUCCAUCCAAGCCUACUCCAAAUGCUAUUUCAGAUUCUCUUUCGCAUAUUAGUGCUGAUCAAUGCCAAGGAUUGUUAAAUCUUCUUCAAUCUCAUUUGGCGAAAGUGAAAACUGAAUCUGAACCAAGUACUUCACAUGUUGUAGGUACAUGUUUUUAUGCUUUACAAAAUUCUGGAAUUUCUACUGAUCAGUGGGUGAUAGAUUCUGGCGCUUCUACACACAUUUGUUACUCUCGUGAUUUAUUUCUUGGUCUGAGAUCAGUUUCUGGGGUUCAUAUUUCACUGCCUGAUAAUUCUCGAGUCAAUGUUGAGUUUGUUGGUGAUAUACUAAAAAGUCCUUUUUGUUCCCCAUUUUCGAUUCGAUCUGAUCUCUGUUGGUGCUUUAAUCAGGACUUCUUUACUAAUUGUUCAAUUUUCUGGUGAUUCUUGUCUAAUCCAGGAUAAGUUUUCUUUGAAGACGAUUGGCAAGGGUAACUAUUGCGCGGACUUUAUCUGUUCUCUACGGCCUCUGUUGUUCGCUGUUCUUCAAAGACUAUGUAUAUGCUGUUGUUCAUUUGUCUUCUGUUAAUAUUUGGCACAAUAGACUUGGUCAUCUAUCUUUAAACAUCUAAAUGUUCUCAAAGAUAUUUUACAUUUAGAUUCAUGUAUAACUUCUUCUGAUGACCCAUGUUUGAUAUGUCCCUUAGCAAAACAACGUCGUUUAUCUUUUACUUCAAAUAACCACCUUACUGAAUGUUCGUUUGAUCUUGUACAUUGUGAUACCUGGGGUGCUAUAUCUAUCUCCUAUUCAUAAUGGGUAUCGAUAUUUCCUUACUAUCGUUGAUGAUUUCUCUCGUUUUACAUGGAUCUUUAUGAUGAGAAAGAAAUCAGAUGCUCUCAUUAUUGUGCCUCAGUUUUUUUCAGUAUGUAGCAACCCAAUUUGGAAAGGUUAUUAAGCAAUUUCGGUUGGAUAACGCUCCUGAAUUAUCCUUUACUAAAUAUUUCCUUUCCAAGGGUGUCUUGUAUCAAUAUUCUUGUGUAGAACGUCCUGAACAGAAUUCGGUUGUAGAGUGAAAACAUCAACACUUAUUAAAUGUUGCAAGAUCUUUAUAUUUUCAGUCUCGCUUGCCUAUUACUUUUUGGGGGGAGUGUGUUCUCACAGCUGCUUAUUUGAUUAAUCAAACUCUGUCAUCUAUAUUUGAUUGGCAAACUCAUUUCUCUUGUUUAUAUGGUAAUGAAGCUGAUUAUAAUGAUUUGCGUACUUUUGGUUGUCUAUGUUUCGCUUCUACAAUGCUCUCUCAUCGUUCUAAAUUUCAUCCCAGGGUUAUACCUUAUGUAUUUGUUGGUUAUCCUCUGGGAGUUAAAGGGUAUCGAUUAUUUGAUAUUGAACACAUAAAGUUUUUUCUUUCUCGGGAUGUCGUUUUUCAUGAGCAGAUUUUCCCUUUUAGUUCAAUAUCAUUGCCAACUGAUUCUGUUGAUCCAUUCCCAGAUUUUGUUUUGCCGAAAGCUUUUGAUUUUGUUAGCAGUCCUUCUGGUGUAUCUUCUUUGCCUCAUAAUGCUUCCAACUUGCAUAGUCCUGCUGUGGAUGUCACACCAACUAAUGCAUGGACUCAUGAUAUGGCUUCUCCUAUACAUAAUGCUACCACUGCUUAUGUGGUAAAUAAUUCUAAUUUUCCAUCUUUCACUGCUGUUAUUUUGCAUGAUGAUCAUGUUGUUGAUGUUCCAUUUGCUGCUAUUGUUGAGAAUUCUAAUGUCCCAUCUGCAGUCAUUGAGAAUUCUGUUGUACCAUCUGCUGUUGAUAUUAAGACUUCUGUUGUGCCGUCUGUUGUUAUGCCUGUUGAUCCCUGGAUUCAACAGUCAAUUUCUGUUAUUCCUUCAACAUCUGUUCGCAGGUCACAGAGGGAUUCUCGGCCCCCAUCUUAUCUUAAGGAUUAUCACUGUAAUUUGCUUGCUUCUGCUGCUUUGCCCCCUUUUCAGUCUCGGUAUCCUUUGCAGAAGGUCGUUCCAUUCUCUUGUUGGCGUGACUCCAUGCACAGUGAGUUACAAACCAUGGAAGCCAACCACACUUGGUCUGUUGUUCCUUUGCCCUCUGGUCAUCAUUCCAUCGGUUGUAAAUGGAUGUACAAAAUCAAAUACCAUUCUGAUGGUACUAUUGAUCGUUAUAAAGCACGACUUGUUGCUCAAGGGUACACUCAACAGAAAGGCCUUGAUUAUAUCGAGACUUUUUCACCAUUUGCGAAGCUUGUUAGUGUUAAGGUUUUGCUCACAAUAGUUGUAUCCUUAAAUUGGCCAUUGGUGUAAUUGGAUGUCAACAACGCUUUUGUGAAUGGCGAUCUUUUCGAGGAGGUCUAUAUGGAUUUGCCCCUUGGAUAUAAGAAUAAGGCUGUUGCUUCUCAGGGGGAGCGUCUUGUAUGCCGGCUUCACAAGUCCAUUUAUGGUCUCAAACAAGCAUCCCGACAGUGGUUCGAUAAGUUUUCACAUAGCUUGUUACAGCUGGGUUUCAAGCAAACAAAAUCAGAUUAUUCUUUGUUUGUAAAAAGGUCGGACUCCUUUUUGACACUUUUGGUUUAUGUGGACAACAUAAUAAUCACCGGUGCUUCUUCUACUGCUAGUGAUGCUUUGAAAACUCACCUUCAUGCUAUUUUUAAGCUGAAGGAUUUGGGUUCCUUGAAGUAUUUUUUGGAUUGGAAUUGGUUUGUUCCCGCUUUCUCUUCUCUACUGUCCAAGAUGGGAGUUUCAAAUAUUCUACUUCCAUCUUGAGGGGGAGUAUUAGGAUUAGUUACAUAGUUAUUAUUUUGUAACUAAACAUUCUGCAAUAUUGCUCUAUUUUGUAUGACCUAUAUAUAUACCCACUUACUUUCA